CUUUUUAGAUUUUCCCUUAGGUGUCCAAAAAGUGUGAAAAAACAACAACAACAACAUAAUAUUGAAACGAUCGCUAUGUCCACUACGUGUCCAAUAAUUAGGGAGAACAAGAACAGAGAUGUCUACGAAUUGCAAAGAGUGGGGUGAAAUAAAAAAAAAAUACAGAAAUGGAAGAGGGAGGUGAAAAACUUCAAAAUUGUUUGGUUUUGGACGUCAAAGAAAUUCCUAUAACCGAUGGGUUAUUUUCGCGAUCUUUUUCCUGAUUGGCGAAAGUGUUUUGGGAGUUAAAAUACCAGCGUCCUGGAAUGUUAUCGUCGAUAUAAGUUAUAAAAAUUAUCUCAUACAUAUAUAUAUAUCGCAUUUUUCAUAUAUAAAUACUUAGCCGAGGCCACAGACGGCAUUCCGUGUAAUAUGGAAAACGACGGCUAUCUCUAAUUUGAACUGAUAGUACGUAUGAAAAUGGCUUUCCGUAUUAUUAUUGUUCACUUCUUAAAGUCGAAUGCGAUUUAAAUUCGUGUCAGUUUAUAGGUCGAGACUGUACUAUUUUCUGAACUGUUGUGGAAUUGUUUGAAUUGCGAUAUGUCGCAGAAAGUUCAGUAGUUUUAUGGUAGGAAAGACCAUGACUAAACAAUGACUCUAUUCAACUUUAUACUAGUUUGCACGGUCAAGGAAACAUCUAAAUUAAAAUUCCACAAAGCGAAUGGAAACAUUUUUAGUAUAGAAAUUUCGUUGCAACGUGGAAAAUUCCACAUUGUACAGUUUCACAUCAAUGCCUGAAUACAAUGUCAUAUGUAACGCUCAAAAGCCCUUCCCUUUGACUCACACUCCAUUCGAAAACUUGGAUCAUAAGAAGGCAACCAUUUUUGUGUCUUUAUAUGGUAUGGUGAUAUUAACAGAUUGAAAUAGACAACAAUGAACGUGGACGAAAAAUAAAUAUUUAAGCCAGCGUUGACCGAGUCAGAGUAAUUUAGUUUCUUUUCAAUCUUUACCUGCGUGGAACCAGGCAUUCUCAGACACGAUUGUAUCGAAAUACCGGAUCGCAUCACUGGCAAUAUGCCAUAUCAUAUUUUGAUAUGUAAAACUGUAAUACUUUCCAUGAUAAUUUUAAAAAGCCAUGGAUUCAAUUUGGAUUUUGGCGAGAAAACAGCGACAUAUAUGGUAUCACCAGUAGUGGGGCACUUGGGAACCGGUACUCCCCCUCAGCUCCCCAAUACAACGAAAAGUUCGUACUAUGGAUACAGUUUCAACCUAUAUGCACAAAAAGAUGGGAGAAUAAGAUUGACAAUCGGCUCCCCCAAAAUGAUUGACCCAUUAUCACCUACUUUACAGGAUAAAAGUGCAGGGGUAAAUCAAGAAGCUGAAGGAAGCAUUUUAUCUUGUAAAAUCGAGCCUACCAUUUUUGAAGGGGUUGCCCCACAAUGCAAAACUGCUUAUCCCGCAAAUCCGAAAAUGGGAGAUAGUUUUGGAAUGUUCGUACUAACAUCUCCGAUGGGAGACGCACAGGCAUGUUCGAUAACUCGGGCCCAAAAUUGUGGUAACUUGAGAUAUAGUCCAGGAUAUUGUUAUAAAUCGAAAAAUUUUGAUGGAACAUGGAAAAGAGGAAAACAGAUAAAAUUACUAAGUUGUCCGAUCACAAAUGUCGAAGUGUUAUUUGUUUUGGAUGGAUCGUCGUCUGUGGGAAAAUAUAAUUUUCAGACUGUCAAAAAAUGGGUAAAUGAUAUAACACGGAAAUUGAACAUCGAAAAUGGCAAGAUUUCUGUAGGCGUGGUGCAAUACUCUCAUUAUUACAACGGCUCUCCAAUUACUAGCCAGCGUUAUAUGGAGACACACAUCAAAAUAGGGGAAUACAAAACAUUUGCUUCGUUUUCUUCUGCUGUUAAUGAUAUUACUUUGCACGGGUAUACGACAUAUACUGGUAAAGCAUUGGAAAAAGCCGCUAUCGAUUUCCAGAACACUACAAACUACAACAAAACGAUGACGAAACAAGUUAUGGUUUUACUCACCGACGGACAAGCUAUGGACAAAAAUGACGUACCUGGGAACGCUGAUAAGUUACGGGAAAUUGGCGUAAUAACAUACGCGAUUGGAGUUGGCGGUGCACGGAAGGUUAACACAACAGAAUUACGACUGAUUGCAAAUGGCGAUGCAUUGGACGAUAAUCGCGUAUUUAUGGCACAAAAUUUUAACGGACUAAAUGCUAUUGCAAAAGAGUUACAAACAGAAAUCGGUAGUUUGGUUUUGGAAGGAUCAAGCGGAGGUGCAGGAACUGCUGGUUAUAAAAUGCAAUUUGCAGAGGUUGGAUUAGCCGGAGCCUACAGUAAGCUAAGGCCAGUAAAGAAAAGGUUGCGAAGGUCAACAGCUAUAAACCCGCUGCAAUGUCGAGCAAAGUUGUGUGAAAAUUGUUAUCCUUUCGACGCAGGCAUUAUUCUUGGAUUGCAGAGUAACAAGACAUUUCUAUGUUUAGAAGAAAACAUUGCUUUUAAUGUGCUAUUACACAAAGCCUUUUUUUUUUUAAAUAAAUGAGACAUAACAAAAAGAGUCCUAGCGUAAAGUCAUCAUUUAGGUACGAAAAAAAUAAACACUGGGCGGGCGCCGAAAACAAACAAUUACACCUAAUAAUACUGGAUUCAUAAAAAAUAAUGGAAGUCGAUGCUAUACAACUGUCAGUAAAACAAAAACUAAUUUCAGAUGUAUAAUAUUCGCAUAUUUCGAAUUUUCUUCGUAUUUCCUGUAGAAACCGAAAACUUGAACAACAGAUAAAGGGUGCAAUGAACCACGAUUCUUUUUAUCUUUAUUUAUUUGUUGAGUCUGUCCGCUUCUUAU